AUGAUGAGAGGAGGACUCGCGGCGGUGGCGGUGGCGGGCGGAGGAUCAGAAGGCGCCGUUAUCUUGGUCUACAUUUGGGCGGCUGUUGUUGCUCUCUCCGUAAUAGCCACCGUUAUUUUCUCUUGUAGCGACGGAGCUUCUAAGUCUCAUACUAAUGACGCCAAUGGCUCCGCAUGCGCUGCUGGCUGUGGUGGUGGUUGUGGAGGUUAA